AGCCACCAGAAUGUCUUGUCAACGUAUGGUCACUUUGGUGCUCCUGGUUUUCCUAUUGCUUAAUGUUGUGGAGGAUGAGGCUGCAUCAUUUCCCUUCUCUUGCCCCACCCUGAGUGGAGUCUGCCGAAAACUUUGCCUGCCAACAGAGAUGUUCUUUGGACCACUGGGCUGUGGAAAGGGAUUCUUGUGCUGUGUUUCUCAUUUCUAAAGACAACUGAAUAAUUACUAGAUUGUUUCUGAUCAAUCACACAUGAAGACAUCACAUCCGCAUGUAUGGUCUUUCUUCUUAUGUCCCUCCACUUGACCUUGGAUUCUGUGGACUUCCUUCCAUGACUUAACUGUGUGUC